GUCCUUAGGCUGUGUGAAGUGUGGCUGUUGGGUAGCCCACAUCCCGCUGCACACAGGGCUGUGUUCCUCCUCAGGAAGCUGAUUGCAGGGAAGUCUGUACUAAGGAGUUAAGCGUUUCCUCGUGGCCCCAUUAGCAGAGUGCUGUCCCGUGUGCUGCAUUGGCUUUCACCUUGCGCCUGUGUGAAACGAUCUGGCUGCAAAAAAGCAAAUGCACAGCCUGCAGUUGGUGCAAAAUGAGUGUUCCUGACUACAUGCAGUGCGCUGAGGAUCAUCAGACCCUCCUGGUGGUGGUCCAGCCCAUCGGCAUCGUACCAGAAGAGAGUUUCUUUAGGAUCUACAAGCGGAUUUCAGCCGUCAGCCAAGUCAACGUGCGCGACUCUCAGCGCGUGCUGUACAUCCGCUACAGGCACCAUUAUCCCCCGGAGAACAACGAAUGGGGGGAUUUUCAGACGCACCGCAAGGUCGUGGGGCUGAUAACUAUAACAGACUGUUCUUCUGCCAAGGACUGGCCUCAGACGUUUGAAAAGUUCCAUCUUCAGAAGGAAAUGUACGGCUCUUCGCUGUAUGAUUCCCGGCUGUUUGUCUUUGGCCUUCAAGGAGAGAUCGCGGAGCAGCCCCGCACAGACGUGGCGUUUUACCCCAGUUAUGAUGAGUGUGAAACAGUGGAGAAGAGAAUAGAGGAUUUCAUCGAAUCCCUCUUCAUUGUGUUGGAGUGCAAGCGGCUUGACAGAGCCACUGAUAAGUCUGGAGACAAGAUCCCGCUGCUCUGUGUUCCUUUUGAGAAGAAGGAUUUUGUAGGGCUGGACACAGACAGUAGUUUGUUGUUGGGUCUAAAAAGACAUUAUAAGAAACGCUGCCAAGGCCGGAUGCGGAAGCACGUUGGUGACCUGUGUUUACAGGCUGGGAUGUUACAAGAUUCCUUGGUGCAUUAUCACAUGGCCGUGGAACUUCUGCGCUCCGUAAAUGACUUCCUGUGGCUCGGAGCUGCUCUUGAGGGGUUAUGUUCAGCAUCAGUCAUCUAUCAUUACCCUGGUGGGACCGGAGGUAAAGUCGGAUCUCGUAGGGCACAAGGAGGCUCUCUUUCUGCUGAGGCAGGCAACAGGCACCGACCAGGGGCACAAGAAGUUCUCAUUGAUCCAGGUGCAUUGACUUCAAAUGGCAUAAAUGCAGAUACCAGUGCUGAGAUUGGACGUGCCAAGAAUUGCCUUAGCCCUGAAGACAUCAUCGAUAAAUAUAAGGAAGCCAUUUCUUACUAUGGCAAGUACAAGAAUGCAGGUGUUAUUGAACUGGAAGCCUGUGUGAAGGCAGUGAGAGUCCUUGCAAUACAGAAAAAGAGCAUGGAAGCCUCGGAGUUCCUUCAGAAUGCAGUUUAUAUCAAUCUUCGCCAGCUCUCAGAAGAAGAAAAAAUCCAGCGUUACAGCAUUCUUUCAGAGCUGUAUGAACGAAUUGGUUUUCACCGCAAGUCUGCUUUCUUCAAGCGUAUCGCAGCAAUGCAGUGUGCUGCACCCAGCAUACCAGAGCCUGGCUGGAGGGCCUGCUACAAAUUGCUUUUGGAAACACUCCCUGGUUAUAGCUUAUCAUUGGAUCCUAAAGAUUUCAGCAAAGGAACUCAUAGAGGUUGGGCUGCAGUGCAGAUGCGUUUGCUUCAUGAACUAGUAUAUGCAUCCAGAAGAAUGGGCAAUCCUGCCCUAUCUGUCAGGCAUCUGUCCUUCCUUCUCCAGACCAUGCUGGAUUUUCUUUCUGAUCAAGAAAAGAAAGAUGUGACACAGAGCUUGGAAAACUACACAGCAAAAUGCCCUGGCACAAUGGAAUUCAUCACUCUUCCAGAUGGUUUGAAGUUACCUCCUGUUCCAUUCACCAAGUUGCCUAUUGUGAGGUCUGUGAAGCUCUUGAACCUUCCCACCAGUCUCCGACCUCACAAAAUUAAAAGUCUUCUUGGUCAGAACGUGUCAACCAAAAGCCCCUUCAUAUAUUCUCCAAUUAUUGCUCAUAGUCGUGGAGAAGAGCGAACUAAGAAAAUAGACUUCCAGUGGGUCCAGGGAGACGUGUGUGAAGUUCAGUUGAUGGUGUACAACCCUAUGCCUUUUGAGCUGCGAGUAGAAAACAUGGGUCUUUUGACAGCAGGAGUAGAAUUCGAAUCUCUGCCUGCAGCCCUUUCUCUACCUGCAGAAUCUGGUUUGUAUCCAGUAACUCUUGUUGGUGUUCCACAAACCACUGGACAGAUCACUAUCAAUGGUUACCACACCUCAGUUUUUGGAGUAUUCAGUGAUUGCCUUCUGGACAAUCUACCGGGAGUCAAGACCAAUGGCUGUACUGUUGAAGUCAUUCCAGCUUUGCCAAGGCUACAGAUCAGUACCUCCCUUCCAAGGUCUGCUCAUACACUUCAGCCUUCUUCAGGAGAUGAAAUCUCCACCAGUGUAUCUGUCCAGCUUUACAAUGGGGAGACUCAACAGCUGAUCAUUAAGUUGGAAAACAUUGGAACAGAACCAUUGGAAACGUUAGAGGUCACAGCGAAAACAGUCAACACCAAGGAGAAGCUGUAUGGAGACUUCCUGAGUUGGAAGCUUGAAGAUACGCUCUCCCAGUUUCCUCUAAAACCUGGAAAGAUCGCAACGUUUGUUGUAAACAUUAAAGUGAAGCUGGACUUCUCGUGCCAAGAAAAUCUUCUGCAGGAUCUCAAUGAUGAUGGAAUCAGUGUUAGUGGGCUUCCACUUUCCAGUCCCUUUCGGCAAGUUGUCAAACCAAGAGUGGAGGCUAAACCUGUUAACCCUCAAGAAAGCAGCAAAGGUGGGGACUUCAGUCAUGUGAAGACACUGGAAGCCAUUCUGUAUUUUAAAUACUCUGGUGGACCAGGACACGUUGAGGGAUAUUACCGGAGCCUUUCACUUGGUCUUCAUGUAGAAGUAGAGCCUUCUGUUUUCUUUACACGUGUCAGCACCCUUCCAGCAACCAGCACCCGGCAAUGUCAUCUACUUCUUGAUGUCUUCAAUUCGACAGAGCAUGAGUUGACCAUCAGUGCUAGGAACAACGAAGAUUUAAUUCUGCAUGCUGGAGAAUGUCAGCGUAUGGCUAUCCAAGUUGACAAGUUCAAUUUUGAGAGCUUCCCAGAAUCCCCUGCAGAUGGGACACAGUAUGCGAAUGCAAAGCAGCUGGAGGAAGAAAGACAGCAGGCAAAAGGUCUGGAAAUUAACAGCAAGCUGGAUAUUUGCUGGAAAAUUCCUUCCUUGAAGCGUGAAGGGGAAGCAAGCGUGGAAGGCGUUCUUAAUCAACUGGUCCUGGAGCAUCUACAGUUGGCUCCUCUCCAGUGGGAUAUCCUCGUUGAUGGCAAGCUUUGCGACUGCGAUGUGGUGGUGGACUGCAAAGUGGGUGACCCAGUCCCACUGCAGGUGAAGCUGACCAACUGGAGCAAGCACAGCGUGGGACCCUUCGCACUCACCAUGACGCCCUACCAGGAUUACCAGAAUGGGGUGCACAACUAUGAGCUGCAGGAUGCCAUCACUUUUGUGGGAUCCAACACUUUCUACAUCGAUUCUGUAAAGCCAACCAAAGACUCUGUGUACUUUGGAGCACUUCUUUUCCUCUACACGGGCGAUUUCUAUCUGAAUAUCAAAUUCCAUGAAGACAACUGCAGCAAGGAGCUGCCUCUCUCCUGGUUCUGCCUUCCCAGUGUCCACAUCCGUGCUGUGGAGCCUGUGGCUGAAGCUAAGCUGUAAAUGUGCUGUGUGCUAUUUGAUUAACAGCAGUAUGCAGAAAUGCUUGGCACAUCCUCUGCUUGACCCCAGCUUGUUUCUGUCCAACCCCAGGCCACAGUCCCUAUUUUGGAGGAACAGCUGAAUGCUUUCUGGAUUGUCUGAUAGUCAUUUGGGCAGCUGCUAUUGCUAAUUUCAGAGAGAGAGAGAGAUUAUAACCAUGCUAGAGUUUUCCACUGAUUCCAAAAAAUCUUUGAAACUGCUAAUAUAUGCAUUAUACUUUCAUACAGCCUAUUGAGAUCAGUGGAUUUGGUAGAGUCUUAAGUGCUAAAUUUAAGAGGUUUGAACUUAACCAUGUGUUUGAAGGUCUCAGCUCCAACUUAAAUAAUCCCUUUUUAGCAUUCCAACAAGAGUUGAAAUUUCUGUAUGAAUUUUGUCCUGGCUUACACUGGAUUUCCAUUACCCUGGAAGAGUAGGUUCUCUGUCAGAAUAGUUCUCAGACUUGUUGCAGUUCACUUUUCUGCUGACUAUUGGGUGUCUUUGGUGGUAAAUAGGAGUAAAGAUGCCUUUUCCUAUGCUACUGGAAGUAAAAAUAGUAAAUAUGCCUCCAGUUAUUCUGUUCACACCCUGAGCUGAGUGCCACUCAGCUCCUGGUAGAGUCACUGCCUUUCCUUCUGUAGAUCUAUUAAGAAAUGAGAAGCUAAAGAGUUUGUCCUUGAGAAAGGAAAUAAGUCAACUUCUGGGUUUCCUGGGGCUUACCUGUGAAUUUGGGCUUUCAUUGCUCUGUUUUAUACAAUUAUAACAGAUUGAAAUGUUUUCAGGCACUUAAAGAACCGCCAAAAUUAAUCAGCUGGCCAUUCUUAUCUCUUUGAAUCGGUUUUUGCAAACUCAUUGGAUCUGUUUUUUCAUGCUAGUAGAUUAUGUGUUGAGUUGGGUUUGGUUUUUUACCCUUCUUUUGUUUAUUCUGUUGGAGUUAGUAAAACUAAUUAGUAGACAAUUAAGGGCAUGGAACUCCUGACCAUAAACUAUAUGACGAGUCUACUGAAAAUUCAACCUGUUGUUUUUCAGAAAAACAUUUUUGUACAAAGAAGCCCAAACUUUCCCUGUGUAAAGCAGGGAGGCUUCUGGUCUGUAUGAAUGAGUUUCAAACCUGCCUGAAUCUUUCCUUAAAUUUACAGCCUGCAGCUCUUCAUGGUAGAUUAAUUUCAGAGAUGAAUACACCAAGAUGCAGCAGCAGUGCUCAAAUUAGCUGUAUACGUGCUAUGCCCCAAACUAUCUAUGCUCUAAUCUAUCCAUCUAAUCUAAAUUAUCUGUACUCUAUCUAUGCUCUAGACCUACAUGCACAACCCCUUUGCAAUUUUCUUUUUUUUUUCAGUAGAUUUCAUCCUAAAGUGGCCCAUCCUGGUUGUGCUUGGAUAGCUGCUCAUUCUGGCUCUGCACUGUGCUCAGUUGUACCCUCAGAUGUGACUGGUGUUUUCCUUAGGAACACAACAGUGCUCAAAACUCAAUACGUUGCAUGUUUGCAAACGACUGUAAUGUAUCCAUCCUCAAUAUUUUUAGUAAAUGGAGGGAAGUAUAUAGCUCUAGCAUGAUAGCUGUGUUUCCAGUGUAUACAGAGUAUUAUCUCCACAACUGUAUUGUGAUAAUGCUAUCAGUGUUUGCUCCUGAGCAGUGGCUCUGAACACAGCUUCCACACAGAGUGGGAGUCUUCAGACUUAACAUGUUGGAAAUUGGAGACCUACAGAAGAUUUACUAGCAGCGAUGUACUGCGCUGUCAGCUGCCAGCACACAAUGUCCGCUAACAGAACUCUUCCUUUGAUUGCACAGUGGCUCUGGGCCAGAGACACCCUUGGAAAGAGGGUCAGAGGCAGCCAAGCUGGGCAUGUGUUUGUGUUGGUGGAGGCUGGUUGACUAGUUCCGUGCCAUAAGGCUGAAUUCUCUGUCACUACAUAGGCAUAUACACAGAAAAAUAGCAUCCCAGGAGAUCAGGAAUUAAACCAGUUAAUCUUUUCCAUAAAAGCUUGCUUUUGACAUGUGUCUCUCUGCUAUGUUACACAACACUGUUGCAGCAAAAUCCAAAUUGGGUUUCAUUCAGUAUUCCCAGCAGGUAAUCUGCAGAUGCUAGGAAUACAGCUACGACUAUGUAGGGACCACAUUGCAGUUGAAACAAAAAUAUUGCGAAGCAGAUGCUGUGCAGUCAGGGCGCUUCAGCUUACCCAGCAAGGGAUCAUUUCCCAGUAUGUUUUUGAGAGUGUUCUCUAAGAACAGUGAAUAUUGCUCCUGUGAAGUCUGUACUGAGGUGCAACACUCCUCUGCCCUUUAUACAAAGAGGGUGAUUCCUAGCCCACUAGAGCUGCUGGAAUGGGAACAGGCUUUAUUAUAGCAAAAGAUAGCUGCGUAUUUCCUAGGUUUCCAAUAUGUCAUUAUAAAUCUGCCAUUUGUGCUCGUAAAUAUGUAUUUUAUAAGUGAGCUGAUCCUUAAUGGUCUGUCUGUUCAUUGUAUAGUACACCAGUCUGUCCCUUGUCAACUUUGAGGCUUAGUUGCUUUUGGCAUUUAUGAUACCUUUCCCAGUUUCCUUACGCUUCUACUUGUCUUGGUGAGAGAGAUGAAACACAAGAAAUUCUUCCUUCUGGGGAUCAUUUGUGACUUGACCAGAAGUUACUGUCAGUGUAAUUUGGAGAAGUGCGAAGGGAAAGCACUUGAAAUGAGAACACUGCUUUUGGUUUUCUCUUUAAUGGAAGCUUCCAUUGGAGUUGCCAUCAGGAUCAGUCUUUGCAGUGUCUUGAAUAAAGGAUGAUACUUUCCUGAUCUGCUCUCCUUUUCUUUCUCUAAACCACCCAGAUACUACUUCGAACAUGAUGAGUCAAAAUGCAUUGAUACACAGCUGUAAAUCUGGUACUAUCCCACUUGGUUGAAUUAAAUCAUUCCUAAUUUAAAUCACCAUUGCUGAGAGCAGGAUUUGGUCCAACAUAUGUAUGCUUUGGAGAAACUUAAGUUAUGUAAAUCUAAGUAUCUGAAUAAAUACUUGUGCUAUUUACAUCUC